AUGGACUCGGCGCCAGCCUUCGCCAUGGACAAGGCGUUCGCCCCCAGCGCCGCGCGCGGCCCGGAGCCGCCCGAAAAUGCCCAAAGCCGGAAAAACUUCAGCGUGAGCCACCUCCUCGACCUGGAGGAGGUGGCGGCCGGCAUGAACGGGACCCCCCCCGGCGGCCCCCCGCCCGCCGGCAAGGCCGUGCCGGAGCCGUCGGGAGGCAGCAGCGGCAGCGAGGCAGCGCCCCAGGACGGUGAGAGCCUGAGCCCAAGCCGCGGGGCCACCAAGAGGAAGAAGAAGCAGAGGAGGAACCGCACCACGUUCAACAGCAGCCAGCUCCAGGCUCUGGAGAGAGUCUUUGAGAGGACGCACUACCCCGACGCCUUCGUGCGAGAGGAGCUGGCGAGGAGGGUCAACCUCAGCGAGGCGCGAGUCCAGGUUUGGUUUCAGAACCGGAGGGCCAAGUUUCGCCGUAACGAGAGGGCAAUGUUGGCCAACAGAUCGGCAUCGCUCCUCAAAUCCUACAGCCAAGAGGCAGCCAUUGAGCAGCCCAUGGCCCCGCGGCCCUCCGCUCUGACCCCAGAAUAUCUCUCCUGGACGAGCACCUCUCCGUACAGCACUGUGCCAUCCUACAGCUCAAGUGGGACCGCGACGCCCGCCCAAGGAGUGAACAUGGCCAACAGCAUCGCCAGCCUACGCCUCAAGGCCAAAGAGUUCAGCCUGCAUCAGAACCAGGUGCCAACUGUGAACUGACUUGGGCAGAACCCCUCUGGUGCCCUCAUCCAAGAUACCAAUGUGGAGCUCCUGUGCCGGGCUCGGACAAACCCAGCGCCCGCCCAACCCAAGUACCACUCAUCCGACGUCUCAGCACCUCUCCUCUCCUCUCCCCUUCUGAAGGUAGAGCCAGUCCCAGUCCAAAGCGGCACAUAAUUAUAGACACAUAUGGAGCUAACUUGGGUAGAAACUUGCUUUUCAGCACAUCCGUAUAAUAAAGGCUAUAUAUACACACACAUACCCCCCACACUCUUGGAGGAUAAACAGACUUGCCAAGCUAACAAGAAUUCGCUUCCAAACAUGGGAGGAUCUUGGACCAUUGGUUUUGACCAAUUUGG